AUGAUUAGCAGGAUUCUGGAGCAGCAGAAAGCACUCCACGAGGUCCUCUCAGAGGACAGAAACACCCGGCACCUAAUUCUUGGAUAUCAAGAUCUGGAUGUGCUGGAGUCAGUCAGCAAGGCACUGGGACCACUGCUUGAAUUCACGGAUGCUCUGUCAGAGGAGGAUUACAUUAGUGUUUCACACAUCAAACCAGUACUCAGCCUGUUUAACACAACCAUCUUGGCACCAGAGGAGGGUGAUACAGACAUGACCAAGUCCUUAAAAAAGAAAAUUUUGGAGUACUUGAACAGCAAGUAUGAAGAGAGAGUUACACAAGAGCUCUUGGAUGUGGCAUCCUUCUUAGAUCCAAGAUACAAGACACAAUACAUCAGUGUCAACGACGUCCCCAUCAUCAAAGCCAGACUGGUGUCAGAGAUGAAGAUGAUGGAACACAAGCAUUCUGUUGAGUGCAGAGAGACCAGAGUGGAAGAAGUUUCAACCCCACCCACCAAAAAGGCUAAGAAGUCCUUGGGAAGUUUCUUCAAAAGAUCCACCACAAGUGCAACAGUACCAAUCGAUCCCACUGCUGCCAUAGAAGCUGAGCUGAGUGCCUACAUCCAGUCCCCCACAAUUGACAACGACGAGGACCCCCUUCUGUGGUGGAGAUUAACUCACAAAGUCAACUUUCCCCAGCUCAGCAACAUGGCAAGAAAAUACUUGUGCAUGCAGGCCACCAGCUCUCCCUCAGAGAGAAUUUUUAGUGCAUCAGGCAACAUUGUGAGUUGUCAGAGGUCCUGUCUGAAGCCAGACAUGGUUAACAAGCUAGUGUUCCUGGCAAAGAAUCUGUAGAAGUUGUGCUGCCUGUAACUACCUCUCUGUUAGUAGCAAAUGCAUCUUCUGCAUACAGUUAUGUGAUCUUUUGAAGAAUAUAAAUGUUGCACUUCAAUGCACUUUCAAUGUUCCACCAGCUGCUGCAUUUGUUAUUUAUUGUUAAAGCAGAGCUGCAGUAAAAUGUUUGAUUUGUAAUUUAUUUUUUUGGUAAUUUAUGUUAAUGUU